ACGCCGCAGGGCUACCGCGCCGCCAGACGCCGCGGCGGCGCCAUGGCGAGGCUCAGCGCCGACCUGAUUCGGCGGAGCCCCCAGUUCCUCAGCGCCAUCAAGGAGCGCGUCCUCGACCUCCGAGGCAACAAGAUUGCCUUCAUCGACAACCUCGGCGCCACCGAGGACCAGUUUGAUAUGAUUGAUUUGUCGGACAACGAGAUUGUGAGGCUCGAGAAUUUCCCUUUCAUGAAUCGCCUUGGCACUCUGUUAAUCAACAACAACAAAAUAACAUGUAUCAAUCCCAACCUUGGUGAGUUUUUACCCAAGAUGCAUACUUUGGUGCUGACGAACAAUCGCCUUACAAGUCUUGCGGAGAUUGACCCCUUGGCCUCUCUUCCAAAGCUGCAAUUUCUCAGCUUACUGGAUAAUACCGUAACUAAGCAACCAGAUUACCGGUUAUAUGUGAUCCACAAACUGAAGCAUCUGCGUUUGCUGGACUUCAAGAAAGUGAAUCAACAGGAGAGACCUGAAGCAGCACAAAAGUUCCACUCAAAUGAGGCAGAGGAGGCGGCAAAGAAGGUUGCUGCCAAAGCUUAUACUCCAGUAGUAAUGGAUGCUCAAGGUACCACAGAAGACCAGGGCCCUAAAGUAGUCGCUCCAACGCCUGCACAAAUCACAGCUAUCAAGGAGAGAGCUGAAGCGGCACAAAAGUUCCACUCAAAUGAGGCAGAGGAGGCGGCAAAGAAGGUCGCUGUGAAAGCUUAUACUCCAGUAGUGAUGGAUGCUCAAGGUACCACAAAAGAUCAGGGCCCUAAAGUAGUUGCUCCAACGCCUGCACAAAUCACAGCUAUCAAGGCACUUAAAGAUGAAGAAACAUGGAAGAAGUAUGACUAUGUUGUUGCACAUCCAGAGGAGAGAACCGAAGCAGCACAAAUGUACCACUCAAAGGAGGCAGAGGAGGCGCCAAAGAAGGUUGCUGCCAAAGCUUAUACUUCAGUAAUGAUGGAUGCUCAAGGUACCACAAAAGACCAGGGCCCUAAAGUAGUUGCUCCAGCGCCUGCACAAAUCACAGCUAUCAAGGCAUUGAGCAGUGCCCAAGUUCCUGCUGAGUACUAUGUGAUCACCAAGCCUGAUACUAACAUGGCUGAAGCAUCAGAGGAAGCUCAAGCUGAGAAGAUGGAGACAGAUGGCCAGGAACAAGAGGAUGGGGCUGAUGAGCAGAAGCGAAACGAUGAAGGCACAAUUCAAGAGGAAAUUUUUGGGGCUGAUCUAGAUGGCAUGUAUGAUAUCUUAAACGACAACAUAGAACUUUACACACACAAGUAUUUUGUGCGAGAUCCAUUCAAUUUCAUGUUCAGUAGGCGCAAAAGGCCUUUUCUUGGUAAGCAUGUUCUGCCGCCGCCCCGGAGGCAGGAACCAGGACGACCGCCGUAGCUCACAGCCAUCGCACCAACAGCAGUGCUACCAAUAUAACAAUGCUAGCUAAACCAACCCCACUAGUUCAACUCAUCUGGGCCAACAAACGCUGCCACCCUCACAUCGAAAGACUGGUGUCUGGCAUGUUGAACCAUGACUUUGCCACAUAGAGCCCUCUCUACAUCGCAUUCCUUUGUCACCACCCAGCUUCUUGCCUAGACCACUUGCCACAUACAGCCGUCCGUACAACCUAUGCAGACUCUUGCGAUCUCGCACCAUCAAGGACUUAACCAACAUGAACAAAUAAGACACCAUGUCAGAUCCCCUGUUCACCACUAGCUCACUAAUGCCUUAGCUACCUUCCAGUCUCAUUUGCCUCUUCUGACUGUCCCAUGCUCGCUGCUGCAUGCGCUGCCUGACAUGCUCAAUCCCCCAUCCGGCGCGCUAGGUCGUGGACUAGCUCAUGUGCCCUUUAGAAUCAGCAUCACACCUUUAUUGGUGGCGCAAUGAGCGAGUACAACUGCGCUCACGGUAUUUGCUUCAGUUUCUACAAUGUGGAAAAGUGAAUUGUGACGCAUCCUGAAUUAAAGUGCCCGCUGUCGUAUGGCAGUGAGGCUACAUGCAAGUUGGGAGAAGCUAGAAUUUCUAUGGUGUAACUCCUAAUGAGUACAUGUAAUUGUGUUGUAAAAAUUUAAACAGUUUUAAGCAUAUUCUAUUUUUACUCAUUAACCGACAUGGUGAUGUGGCUGUAAUAUGAUAUUGUUAUUGACAUUACACAAUUGUAAUA